AUGAGUUCUUCCAGCGAUUCAGGAGAUAAUUCCGAUGGAGAAUUCAUCCCAGAAGCUUUGCUUGCACAACAAAAUGCUGAGCUGCAAAAGGCAAUGGCUCAAAAUGACUCUGAUGCAGAAAAUGAAGCUUCUCAUUCAGAUUCAGACGGAGAGUUUCUUAUGAGGGCACGUUCUUCAAAAAAGAGAGCUCUUACCAAGAUAAAAGAGCAAAGUGCAAGAAAUAAAACGCGUAAAGCAAAAGCCAAGAAGAAAUAUGAUGAAGAUUCUGAUGAUGACGAUGAUUUUGGCUUUAAUCCAAAGAACCCACCAGUUAGUUUUAUCACCUCUAACCGCGAACGCAAACAACGUCAGGAUACAGAGUUUGUCAAAGAUAUUUCGAUAGAACAAAUCGCCGAAACAGAAGAAGUUUCAGAAGAUGAGGUUAAAAUGAUGCUUGAAGCGAGAAAAUUACCACAAAUUGAGUUUAUUACAGGUUUUCGUCUUAAUGAAGCCGGUGUUCGCGAAUAUUUCGUCAAAUUCAUGAGAGAGCCCAUCGCUCAUGGCAAAUAUCUCGUUGAAGACGAUCUUAUCAACCACCCCAGUGGUAAAUCCCAUCUUACUUCUUUCCUAGAAAGAGAAUCUCAAUUUGGCCUUCAAGAAUCGAAGUCAAUGCCAAUGCUACAAAUCCCAGGCGAUGUAGAUCAAAGCGUACAAAAGGAAAUCGAUAGAAUUAUCGGCUACGAUGAAGAGACAAAACUUUAUCUCGUAAAAUGGAAGAAAGAACCAUACGAAUAUGCCUCAUGGGAAGCCAACAUUACAGACCAAGAUGAGAUAAACAAGUUCAAAAAGCGCAAUUCUGCUAACAGAACAAGUUUAUCAGCACUUAACAAAUUAUCUAAACCAUACGGUGAUGGGCCAGGCUGCAUCCCACUUCCGAAAUACAAGAAUGGUAACCAACUUCGUGAUUACCAGAUCGAUGCUCUUAAUUGGCUCAGAGCUUCGUAUCAGACCGGCCAAAACGCUAUUCUCGCCGAUGAAAUGGGUCUCGGUAAGACAGUUAUGUGCAUCUCCCUUCUUUUGGAUAUCUGCCAGAACUGUGGCGUCGAUGGUCCUUUCUUAAUCGUCGCUCCUCUUGGUACAUUACCAAAUUGGAUCAGAGAAUUCGAAAGUUGGUCGAACAUCGAUACAAUUUUAUUCCAUGGAUCUCAACAAGACAGAGAUUUAAUCGCAGAAUACGAAUUAUUCUACAAACCUCCACGCCAGAACAUUCCAAAGUUCCAAGUCUUACUUACAAACAUCGAAACAGUCCUGAAAUCUCAGGAAGUCAUACAAAAGAUUCAAUGGAAUCUUGUAAUUAUCGAUGAAGCCCACAGACUUAAGAAUUUGAACUCCAAGAUCUACUCAGUUAUGUUCUCUCUACAGAUGGACCACGUUCUUCUUAUGACUGGUACUCCAAUUCAGAAUAAUAUUGAUGAAAUCUUUGCUCUCAUGCAUUUCAUAGCACCUCUUAAGUUCCCAUCUCUCGAGGAAUUCAAGAAAGAGCACGGAUCCAUCGAAACAGCCGAAGACGUCGAAAGAAUACAAAAUGCCAUCAAACCAUACAUGUUACGUCGUAAGAAAUGCGAUGUCGAGUCAACAAUUGGCCUCAAGGAAGAAACAAUUGUUGAAGUAGAACUCACUCGCUCUCAGAAAUUCUAUUAUCGUUUAUUAAUCGACAGAAAGACGAAAGAUCUUACAACACACAAGAGCCAUGCUCUUUCCCAAGACUUAAACAACCUCGCGAUGCAAUUACGAAAGGUUUGCAACCAUCCUUAUUUAUUCCCAAAUGUUGAAGAGGAAAUUGUCAAACCAGGAGAAGAUCCGAACGAAGCAAUGAUCAAUGCCUCAGGUAAACUCGUCUUCGUCGAUAAACUGUUGGCAAAACUUCGACCAAAAGGUGACAAAGUUUUAAUUUUCUCACAAAUGGUCCAUGUCUUAGAUAUUUUAGAGGAAUAUCUACACUACAGGAACUAUCCAUACGUAAGACUCGAUGGCAGUGUUGUAGGAGACGUCAGACAAGAAAGUAUUGAUAAAUUCAAUGAUCCUGAAAAAGACAUUUUUGUUUUCCUCCUUUGUACGAGAGCAGGAGGUGUUGGAUUGAAUUUAACCGCUGCAACAAAUGUCAUCAUUUACGAUUCAGAUUGGAAUCCACAGAAUGAUCUUCAAGCACAAGCAAGAUGCCACAGAAUUGGCCAAACACAUGAUGUCAAAGUUUACAGAUUAAUUACAAGAGGAACAUAUGAAUCUGACAUGUUUACUCGUGCAUCAAUGAAACUUGGUCUUGAUCAAGCUAUUUUGGAUUCAGGACAAAACGCUGCACAAGAAAUGACACCAAAAGAAAUUGAAACACUCAUUAAAAGAGGUGCUUAUUACAUAUUUAAUGAAGAUGAUGAUGCAGGUGAUAAAUUCGUCACUGAAGAUGUUGAUCAAAUAUUAGAAAACCAUACAAGAACACUCUCUAAAUCUGUUGUUGACCAAGAAUCUGCUUUCUCAAGAACACAAUUCAUUAUUGAUAAAGAUGGCGAACAAUUGGAUUUGAAUGAUAAGAAUUUCUGGGAUAGAGUUAUUCCUGAAAACAUGAGACAUAAAGAGGCAGAUGAAAACGCACCUCUUCCACCAAGAAGAAAGAAAGAAAUGUCUUAUAACGAAGGUGAAAUGGAAAAGGCUCAAAAGAGACCAGAUUUCUCAUGGAACACAAAAACUCGUGAUUUGUUAUUGAAAGCAAUGCUCGCGUACGGUUGGGGAAGAUGGUCUGAGAUAUUGGCAAAGACACAUUUGAAGUGUGAUGCACAGAAAGUAUGUGAUGGAUGCACUGUUUUGUUGUCUUUCAUUGCUAAAGGAUUGAGUGAUCCUGGUGAGUUUUUGAGUGAAAUCAUCCAAACAGAUGAAAUAGAAUUAACUAAAGCACAAAAGAAAGUCAAAACAUCAUCAGCUUUCUUGAACCAAAACUUCCAUCACAUCAUGAAACAGGAUGCUGAAGAAAACUCUCACAGAUUGUUACAAUUGAGAUGCAUCAAAGAAUGGAUUGAACAAGGUUCUCAACUCAUCAAUUUCGAUACUGAUGAUAUGCCUGAAGGAGGCUGGAACACGAAAUUGGAUCAGAAACUGUUGACUUUGACUUAUCAACAUGGUUGGGGUAAUUGGAAAGCAAUUGAAAGCGAUCCUUUAUGGGGACAAACGAAAUUUGAGAAUUUCCAAUUGUCUGAAGUUGAUUCUAGACUCAAUUUCAUAACAAACGCUUUGUUGACUAAGUUCACUGAUGAUUCAGACAGCGAAGAAACAACAUUGAUGCCUGAUUUCAAACCAGCCGAACUCAGAUCAUUGAUUUCUUUGGCAGGAGAACUCGGUCUCCCUGAAGAUUCCGACAGCGAAGCAUGGCUCAGAUACCAGCAGUUCUUCAGAGAUUCUAGUGAUUACCAGGAACUCGUGAAGAAGUUCAUCGAAUGCGCAAGAGUCAUCAAUUAUUAUGACCAGAACGGACCCCAAAACGGAUUGAGAAGAUGGCUAAAUAUUGUCAUUUCUCAUGGAGAUUCUUUGGCAGCUGCAAUCAACCAACAAUCUGCAUUGAGAAUCAAGUUAAACAUCGAUUGGGUCACGAGAUUAAGGAACUACAGGACAAAGACAUUACCUAAACUCAACGGCCAAUACAAGACAGAGAACAUGAAGUCAUUUGUUCCUUCAUUUUGGACUCCUGGACAAGAUGAUGUCAUUUUAAUUGAAAAUGUCUGCAAAUGGCAGUUCUCUAAUUUGUACGAAAUUCCUAUGAACACUGAAUCCAUCAAAUCCAAACUAUCAGAGGAAGAUUUGGCACAGCUCGAUGUUCUCGCCAAAUACUACGACAAGCACUUGCAACAUAAGAGAAUCAAAGGAGAUUUCGGUUUUUUUACUGAUGAAUUGUACAUCAUUGACAGAAUUGAAGAAUUCAUUGAAUUAAACAGUGGUUGGCAAGUUCCAAAAGUUAUCGAUGUUCCUCAGGGAAUGAUCGGUGUUUUCGAUUUGCCUUUCACUGCAGGAAACGUCACCAUUGAGUCAACAGGCGAAGGAGACUUCUUCAUGGUCAAUGACUACAUCGCAAGAGUCGGAAUGUCGACAUCAGUAAGAUACGGAAAAUCAAGAUUUACAUGCGAAAUCACUUCACCUACAGAGUUUGUUGUCACUCGCAGUGAGAAACACAAGUUCACAGCAGCAACACCUGAAGAAGCAUGGAGACAAGCUGAUGCAGAAUUCGACAGCAACGCUUUGGAACUCUUCGGAAUUACUUGCAACCAAGUAAUGGCUCUGUUCGACAAAGAAUGCAACCCACAGAUGAGAAUUGAGAAGGGAUUCACUAACUAUACAUCACCACAAGUAGUUACAUUCACUUCUCAGGCAAUUUCAAAGAGAAAGUAA